AGUCCAGUCCUGCUACUUCUAAAGAAACUGUAGCGGUCGGCCUUUUUUUCCCCCUUCAAUUUGGACUUUGCUGGUGACUGCAGGUACCUCAAUGCGACGCCUGCCGCCUCUCACCACCUCACUCAUCACUCGCCCUAACCUCCCGUCGCCCAGCCCGCUUAUUGCAUCGCUGUCCUCGAUACAGCUAUGCGGUAGCACAGCUUCCUCAUCAACACCCGCUGUCUCUGCGGGAGUCCACAGGGCGCUGUUGUUCAGCGUGACCGGUAUGGCCACCGCCGCCGCCGCCACCGCUGUUCGUCCCGCUUCCUCAACCAACCCCGGCAGCCACUUCACCUCCUUUGAGGUGGAGAGCGAACUGCAGUGGGCACAAGAAGACCUGCGCGAGCUGCAGACCCCGUUGGAGGGGGCUGCGGCGCCUCCAUCGGCUCUACCAGAAACGCCUACGCUCCCAUCAUCAUCACCACCCCUGCCUCCACCAUUCCUCGACAAUAGCAGACAUUACAAGAUGGAGGAGGAAACACACGUUGGACUCCCACACGCAGCCAAAGGAAUACGACCGGUGAAGGCAAUGGACGCCAGCCGCCCCGUUGAUGGGCCGUGUCCGUCGCUCCCUUCAUGCCUUCAGCACCGCCGGUGGUGCGACGCGGCGCACGAACGUCGUGGCAAAAGCGUUCCAGGUUAUGUUGACGCAGCUCGCGAAGUGCUUGUGUAUCUGGGCAAGGCAUGGAGGCAACAGCGAGACGCAAGGACUUAUUCGCAUGCAGUUGGGGAUAGCAGCUUCGCUGCGCUGACAGCAUCGCUUCUGCGUGACGCACACGUGGAGGCUCUGUUGGUGCUGCUUGAGCUGGUGGUCUCACCACACUUGAGCAGCAGUGUUUACGCAAAUGUCAUUGCCUCCUUGAACGAACCUCGCGCCUCUCUUCUGCCGUGUCUCAUGCAGCUCCUUUAUCGUCGCCAGGUGGAAGUGUCAGGGAGGCACAUGGCGCAGCUAAGCCAGCUGCUGCUUGCGUACUCUCCUGUAUUCGUUGCCGCCUCGCAGCACGCCGCAGUGUGGGACUUGUUUACGCUGUUGUGCUACGCCACGCGGCGCCGCCUCCGUCGCAAGCACAACCGCGACUGUCUGGAAGCUUUUCUAUGGGGCCUUUAUGAUCCCUUGAGCCGCGAUGAGGAAUUCAGCAAGAAUGCUGACGGGGUGCACCUGCUCAACACGGCGGACGGCUUCGUUUUUGGCCGACCUUCGCCGCGUGCGACGCAGGGUGGAAGUCACCUGCAGCUGCCGAGCUGCAACGACGUGCGCGUUGCCACCCUGCACCACCUCCUCUACCGCUGUCUGCAAACGGAGACGUCGCUGCAGAUAGAUGCGCAGGCGGCCGCCCACAUCGAACUCCUCCUCUCUUGGGCCCUUCUCCUGGCCGGCGACGACAUGCGGCCCUUCAUGCGCGACGCCGUGGUGCAUCGUCUCUGCAAACCCAUCACACCGUCCAACACCGGUGCAAGCGCGGGGAGGCGCAUCUCAACGCUCGAGUCGGUGAGGCAGUGGAGGCGUUUGGCGCUGCGACACAAUGAAGCUCCACUGCGGCACGUGGAAGAGAAUGACAAGGGCGGGCGUGGAAAGCACGGGAAGGCGUUGCUGCCAGCAGCGGCGGUGUUCAACACGGUGGAGCGAGAAGCACGUCAGACCGGCGGCUGGGCCGUGCCUGCGAUGGAGCGAUGCCUGCUGUCCACUCUAAUGCACUCCACGCACCUUCCAACGGGUACGCAACGAAAUACGUCUUCGGCAGCGACCACGCGCUACAGGAAACCAACGCGGUCCACAAAAGCAGAGAAGACUGAGAGUGAGCUGAGACUGGCAGGGGCGGCGGCCGCCACACCACGCGCCUACGCACGACUGCGGUGGGGGUCGCUAGACUCCGGUCUGCCUCCUUACAGCUCUACCACCACACCGACCGCAGCACGCCUCUUACAGCGACGGCAAGCGUCAAGCGAGGAGGAAAUUGCGGAACUGAUGCACACCGCGCUGGAGCUGCCCAAGCACGCGUGGUGUCUCGCCGAGGCGGUCGCCGUGCGCUUGGUGCGGUGCCUGCGUCUUCGCGCUGCAUACCCCGUUGCAGCACCCAGAGCUACCUCCGUCACACGCCGGCAACUCCUCGCUGCCUUCCGUCGACUUGCUCGUCACAGCCGUGUGGGUGUGCUGACGCACGCGCUGGUGCUGGAAAGCGAUGAUACGGCGACCCUGUCAGCGGCGCCAACGAAGGACGGUUGUGGGGAGGACCCUUUCUCCUUCGCCGAGUUUGCAGCGGCGGCGACGUUGACGCUGGUGCGCCACAUUCACUCUGACGAAGAUGCUGCACAGAUAAUAGGCGUGUGGUGGUAUGAGCGAAGCACAGCUGCCACACACAUCUCCCCCGACGUCCUCCGUCGGCUGCGUGCGUGGGUGGAGGCACUACCGCCCCCGCUGCUCUCCGAACAACUGGCGAGAACGUUCGAGCAGCUAUCGCAACUCGAAACGUCGGUGCCCUCCUCGGCUUCAUUUGCAGGGUCGUACUUGCUCACGAGCAGCGAGGAUAAGGUGAACGACAGCGAAGCGAAGGAGGUGUGGAAGGCCAUUAUCGCCGCCGCACAGCCGCAUAACACGGCGCAGCCUGUCCAGGUACAGGAUGGGGGCGCCAGCAGCGUUGGUGCCUCCAUCGACACACCAACGGCUCCAUCGUUCUCCUUCUCCACAACACCGCAUCAAUCUUCCGUGAAGGACGCGGUGACGGUGCGCUCCGGCAACGUCGUCUCGCUGCGCCGACUGCAGUGGAUCGCACUGCUCAACGACAGUCCACGUCGCGAGUGGCGAUGGUUGGGCAUCUCAGCUGAACCGCAUUCGUGGACAGAGCAGUGCCGUCUUGUGGAGGCUUCGGAGAAGGCGGAGUUAACGGCCGUUGAGCAGCACAACGCAACGGACUUGGGGGACCGCUGCCUCCACGGUCAAUGUGAGACCGCGACGGCGUCGUGGAGAGCGCUGCGUAGGUGGGGCUGGCUGGACGAGUUAAUGACGACGUACAGCGGCCAAGACGGUCGAGCUGGGCUGGCGGAGGAGUGCGGAAGGGGGCGGUUGGAAGAUGAGGAGCUCGGUCGUACAGCAGCCGCUGCUGAAACCGCCGCGCACGACGGUCUGUCGCCCUCCGCUUGUUUAGGCGCGUCUCAAAUCAUUACGCAUUUCGUGAGGAUCGCCUGCCACACCUUCCAGACGCUCUCGGCAACAGGAGCAACGCACGCACGUCACUCACCUGCCCCCGCCGCUGCCGAUACGACGAGAACUCCGGUGACCUCGCAGACAUAUGCAGCUCCUUUUGAGACGUGGGAGGAGGCACUGCGCACCCUCGCCUCCUAUUGCGAACUCCUCGCCACGAAUGCGGAGGAAGUGAAGGAACACGACUCGGCGCGUGCGGUUCAUCACAAAAAGCUGCUCUGUGCUGCUUCCGCCUUCAUUGAAUGCUCGAUCGCCUUCUGGCGGGCCCUUCACGCCCCACUCUUCACUUCGGCUGACGUCAACGAUGCCGCUGAUGUGUCCUCAGUGUUGUGUGCGCAGUACAAAACCAUUCUGGACUUGCACUCUGCGGUGGCACUGGCACAACAGAAGCUCGCGUUGCACCACCCCGGUGAAGAAGAAAGGGAGGCAGCGGCGUCUGCACUGCCGUCGCUGCCCGCCGAACUCCACGCAGAUGUGUUCCGCCUCCUUACGCACGCGCGUGUGCCACGGUGGCGACAGUGUGAAGCGCUCCUUCUCUUGGCAGACGACGUGGCCACUUUAUCGAGCGCCGGUGCGAAGACCGCCGGCGGAGGGACACCAAUGACGGCGGCACGGGCUACGCCGACAUGGCAAGGCUCUUUCGAAAUACCACUGUUUGUGUAUGCCGAGGUGCUGACGGCCUAUGCAGCUCAUCAACAGCCCGUGCCGCAGCAGCUUCGCGAGCGGUGUAUGCGAAGACUGCGAGGCGCUUUGUGA